AUGGCUUCCGAGAACGCAGAUUUCCCUAAGUUGAAGCCUGCUUUCAUCAUGAGGGGUACCCUUGGAAAAUUCCUGCCCAUAGGCCCAUUGCACACCGGCUCCACAGCCUCUUACGUUACAUUCGAGGACGGCGAGAUCGAGACGGUCCCGGGCUUCGAGCCAGCAUUCAAGGCCAAGCUCACUGCUGGUGCCGACUGGUUGACAGUGGAUGCUGAUGGUCAACACGCCAGAGUUGACGUCCGUGCUAUUGCAAAGACUGAUGAUGACAAGAUUAUUGACUAUCGCGUCGAGGGCAUCAUCAAGCUGGUCGGCCCCAUGCUCAAAGUGUUCACCUUCCAACCCGAUAUGGCAACGACGCCAUUCGGAUAUGCCACGGGCAAUGCGAUUCUGAAAGCAUCUGACGAGAGUUUGAGGGUGCUGGACAGCACCAAAUUCGUCAGCAACGUUCGCAUGGUCGUCACAGAAGAGGGAAAGAUUAUGCUGGAGAACAAGUCUUCCCAGGUGGUCUUUGGGGCUUAUGAGUGA